AUGCCUUCUAUAAAGUUGCAGAGUUCUGACGGAGAAAUAUUUGAGGUGGAUGUGGAAAUUGCCAAGCAGUCAGUCACAAUCAAAACUAUGUUGGAAGAUCUGGGCAUGGAGGAAGAUGAAGAUGAACCAGUACCCCUAUCAAACGUCAACGCUGCCAUUCUGAAGAAGGUUAUCCAAUGGUGCACAUUUCACAGAGAUGAUCCACCACCUCCAGAAGACGAUGAGAACAAAGAGAAGAGAACCGAUGACAUCUGCUCCUGGGAUGCCGAGUUUCUUAAAGUAGAUCAGGGCACAUUGUUCGAGCUUAUUUUGGCUGCCAACUAUCUAGAUAUUAAAGGGUUGCUGGAUGUUACCUGCAAGACAGUGGCCAAUAUGAUCAAAGGCAAGUCUCCAGAGGAGAUCCGCAAAACCUUCAACAUUAAGAAUGAUUUCACACCUGCUGAGGAGGAGCAGGUACGUAAAGAAAAUGAAUGGUGCGAAGAAAAAUAG